AAAAGAAACUCCCAAGUAAAAAAGUUCAAGUAACUAAAUGGGAUGAAGAAAACAAAAAGAAUGAUUAUAAUAGCAAGCUAAACUCAGAAAUAGUCUCUACUACCAACAUUAUAAAAAAACUAGUAGGUGUAGUUAAAGAAAACCAAAAACUUAGAAAAUUAAUAUUUUAUACUGAUAGCUUACUUGAAAGAGAUGAAAAAGAGGACCAUAGAGCUAGAUAUAGA